GCCCAAUUCAAGUUAUUCAUGUCAGGCCCGUGACUUAGGCAGGUACAAGAGCACGUGACGAUAAGCACCUUCUACAUGCUUCCGAUAGCAACUCAUGCUUAUCGAUUUCCCCACAGCCGAACCCCCAUCAGUGCGGAGUUCGGAUACUCCUAAUACAGCACGUCACUUUGGGGGUCACAUCAGACCGGAGCUUGGCCGCAGAGCAACCACCUUUUGGUCAAGGCAAUGCGAACUCUACAGCCUGUUUCGAAUUAAUGCCGAGGGCCAGCCAUGGCGACUUCCGAGGACGAACACAAGCAGAAGCCGGCGGAGGGCCAGGACGUCCAGAUGACUUCCGACGACAUAUCGCAGGAGGAGCUGCAGCUCGAGCAAGCUCUCAGGCAUCUCAAGCUGCUGCACAUCAAGUCGCGCGGCCUCCGGACGACGAUACCACGCAUGCUCGACACCAUCACCACCGGUAGAACCCCGGAGGAAGUGUUUUCGACAUUCAAGACGGCCGUCACAGACGCGCAGACCGAGAUCAGGGACUUUGCGGAGCUCUACAACAGCGAGGAGAGCCGCAAGGUCCUGGAGCAGGCGCAGAAAAGCCGCGAGGCGGAGCCUAAGGGCAUCAAGCCAUGGCGCCACAAGGACGACCCGAACUGGUUCUUCCUUGACGAAUAGAUGGGCGAGGAGCCGGGUCCCCCUCUCCCGCGCUCUCCUCCCUUUUUGAAAUUUCUAGCGAUUCGUACAGCAUGCGUAGGCGUCAAGGGUUGGAAACUGUGUUUCGAGUUGUCUUUUUUGCGGUGGAAUAUCGCUCUGCAACAACGCAACACUUCUUGUCCAUACCAAGCGAUGAGUAUUGAUAUAGCCAGCCAUGGCGUUGAUUAUUGACUAAACGUUGCGGUGAGGACAUCGAGACAUGUCGCUUGUCUAUGGUAGCUUGCACGGUUCUGGUCGUCAAUGCGUCGUUCAACG